CCCAUUGCAGUGGGCACUCACCUCCAUCGUUGUGUGUGUGCUGGCAUGCCGCUGAGAGCGGUUCUCGCUUUCUGUGACACAAAGAGGAGUGUCAUGCAGCAUAAAUUUCAUACGAAUUCCGCACACUCGCAACGCGUCGCAGAUACUUUUCGGCAAAGUUUUCCGCAGGAAAAAGCCAGUGUAAAUAAAUUGAAAAAAAACCGAAAAAUGGGCGACAGUUCCUCUUAGUUAUUAGCAAAUCGGUGUAAAUAAAUGGGCGUGUUCGUUAAACGGUAAAUGAAAGUGUAUUUGGAACUGUGUUUUUAUUUAACGGAAUGAAAUGGAAUGGCCAAAUGCGCCCAAGUGGUCAAUUAAAUUAGUGAAAAUUGAAUAAAACAGAAGAAAGAAUAGACGACGAACGUAAAUAAAAGACGUUGAGGUGACGGCGACGCGAAGAGUGAGGAGUGGCAGGCAGAGCGAGAGAACAACGUGUCGAGCAACAAAUUAAUAAUACAACAACAACAAAAAACAGAUAAAUAAAAAAAGCAACACAAAUUGAAAACAAAAACAACAAGAGCAGCAGCAGCAGCAGCGAUUCUGGAUUUCUAGAGGCAGCGGCACAUUCAAAAGAUGGGCUGUGGACAGAGCAAGAUACAUUUGUAUCCCAGGAAAUCGAAGAGUAAAGCGAACGGCAAGAAAGGAGGACAUGCCGACUCAGAUGCCGAAACGGACGAGGACGAAGGCCACAUCGAGGAUGCCGAGAAGGCACAGCAGCGCGACCGCGAGAAGCACGACGAGAGCGAGGAGCUAAGCAAUAAGGACAUCCAGGAAAGCGACGAGGACGUGGCCGUCUCACUGCUGCGCGCCAAGAACCUGUCGCUGCUGCAAAGCCAGGACAUAUCAUCUAGCCAGCAGAACUUCUUCCGCAUGCUGGACAAGAAGAUCGAUGAGGGUCCCGACUACGACUCGGCCAGCGAGACGGAGAUCGCUUUGGAGGAGGCCCGACUAAACGCCCUGCGCCAACAUUGGGAGUCCGCCAGCAUCACGGCCUCCAUCUGCUCCUCGGCCAGCCGCUCGCUGCAGACGACGCCCAUCCGCCAGGUGCAGGUGCCAUUGAAGCAGCCGCCGCGUGGCGCCGGCCUGCUGCUCCAGCCUUCCAGCGCCUCGGCGGUCACCGCCUCCACCUCCUCCUCCUCCUCAUCGACGAUAGUCGCGCUGCCCACGACGGAGUAUCUACCUCAGCAUGUGUUGACGGGACGGCAAGUGGUGCAGCAGCAGCAGCAACAGCAGCAACAAGCGGCAGUGCUCUACCAGCAGCAGCAGCAACUAAUCCUGCUGCCCCAGUUGGAUCCUAAUGUUGUCAACACGUCCACGGCAGCAGCAGCGGCACAGCUCGUCCAGUUGCAGCAGCAGCAACAGCAGCAGCUACAGCAACAGCAGCAGCUACAGCUGCAGCAGCAACAGCAACUGCAGCAGCAACAGCAGCUGCAACUCAAUCAGCAGCAGCAGCAACUCUACCAGCAGCAGCAACAGCAAUACCUGCUGACCCUUCCCGCCGGAUCAAAGCCACAGAGCGUGAGUCCAAAGCGCCUGAUCUAUGGUGGACCCGCUGCAACCACUCUCCUCUGUGCAACUGGUGAUGUGCAUUUCAGCAUCAAAUGCAACGCCCCCGAAACUUACGAACCGCCAACCGCUCCACACAGCCAAAUCCAGCAGCAACAGCCACCGCCUCCUCCGCCGGGCGCCUACUACGGCGAGAUGAUGCACGGCGUACAGGCCGCUCCAGCGGCGGAAUACAAGUUCCCGCCGGCCAUCAGCGUGCAGCGACUGGCGCCGCAGGUGCAGCGGCAGCUGCGCGAGACGCAGGAACUCAUAAAAGACUCGUGCCCGCAGCUGUAUGCGGCGGGCUAUGGCAGCCCAGGACCACCGAUACGCAAUCCCAGCAGGAACCCCACUAGAACUAGACCCACCCUGGAGACGCAGUUCUCGCAGGAACUCUCGUGAUAUCUAUAUAUGUAAACAGCCGGCAGACGGAGGAUGCACCCACGUUCAGACACACACACACACAACCACUCACAGUUGGAAAAACUGCAGCCAAAGAGGAAAGCUAAAAUUAACCAAAAUUAUAAGAAUACGAAACCCGUGACAAAACCACACAGUAAAAAAAAACCAAGAAAAUGCCAAAAAAAAAACAACCAAAAAGAAACUUCAAAAUGAAA